AUAUAGGUGUAUGAUAUUUGCCGACUUCCGCUGCUCCUCUUGGAAACAUGGCGGCACACAGCAGUCUGACAGCUCUGUAUCCCAUUCAGAGCCAGUUAGAUUUGGCUCUGGAAGACGAAAUCAUACAAGAAGAGAAGGAAAAUCUGGUAUAUCAGUAUUUACGAAAAUUGGAUAAAAAUGAAGAUUUGAAGAUUCCUGAUUUUGACGAAGGGCUGGAAUGGCUAAACACAGAGGGACCAUUGUCUCUGCAAAGGGAAUUAUCAGGCAAAGUGGUGGUGCUGGACUUCUUUACCUACUGCUGCAUCAAUUGCAUGCACAUACUGCCUUAUCUGCACCAACUGGAGCAGCUUCACACUGUUAAAGAUGGCCUGGUCAUAGUAGGUGUUCACUCUGCUAAGUUUCCCAAUGAGAAAGUUUUGCAGAACAUUUGCAGUGCUGUGUUGAGGUACGGGAUCACUCACCCAGUGGUAAACGACAGCGACGCUCAGCUGUGGCAAGAGCUGGAAGUGUCCUGCUGGCCCACCCUGGUGAUUCUUGGGCCCAGAGGAAACCUGCUGUUUUCUCUGGUGGGUGAAGGACAUCGUGAACGCCUUUUCCUGUUCACCACUUGUGCUCUCAAGCACUAUGGACAGCAGGGUUUGCUCAAAGACCAUGCUGUGGCAAAAAAGCUUUACAAGGACUCCUUGCCACCUUCCAUCCUGUCAUUCCCAGGAAAAGUGGCAGUGGAUUCAAAAAGCAAGAACUUGGCUAUUGCAGAUACAGGACACCACAGGGUUCUGGUGGUGUCCAGAACUGGACAAGUCCUAUACUGUGUAGGGGGACCUGGAAGUGGAAAUCGGGAUGGGGACCUGUCUGAGGCACAGUUUAAUUCUCCUCAAGGAAUAUUCAUAAAAGGAGACACUGUGUAUGUGGCUGAUACUGAGAAUCACCUCAUCAGAAAGAUUGACCUUUCAGAGAGAAGAGUUACAACUUUAGCCGGCAUCGGCAUGCAAGGCACAGAUAAAGUGGGUGGGGCAGUGGGACUCCAGCAGCCAAUCAGCUCCCCUUGGGACAUAGUCCUUGGCACAGCCGGUGGUGCAAAGGAUAACGUGGUGUGGAUUGCAAUGGCAGGGACACAUCAAAUCUGGGCUCUGUUCCUGGAAGAUGGGAAGCUGCCCAAAGGAAGUGAGCAUAAAAAGGGCGAGUGUGUGCGCUUCGCAGGCAGUGGGAAUGAGGAGAACAGAAAUAACGCAUAUCCUCAUAAAGCUGGCCUGGCUCAGCCGUCAGGUCUUACCGCUGCUCCUGAAGAGCCCUGGAGUUGCCUGUUCAUCGCUGACAGUGAGAGCAGCACUAUUCGCAGCCUUUCUCUGACCGAUGGAGCCGUCAGGCAUGUAGUUGGAGGGGAGAGGGACCCCCUGAAUCUCUUUGCCUUCGGAGAUGUAGAUGGAAAGGGGGUGGAUGCUAAGCUCCAGCACCCUUUAGGAGUGGCCUGGAACACCAGUAACAACCUGCUUUAUGUGGCAGACUCUUAUAACCACAAGAUCAAAGUUGUGGACCCUAAAACUAAGCAGUGCAGGGUGCUGGCAGGCACUGGGGAAGCAAGCGACACAUUUGGCGUGAGCUUAGAAGAGACUAGUUUCAAUGAGCCUGGGGGUCUCUGUGUGGCUGAGGGGGACACGCUGCUCUACAUAGCCGACACCAACAACCAUCACAUCAAAGUGCUGAACUUGGAGGCGAAAACCGUGUCCAUGUUUCCCAUUUCAAUGGAAGAAGUUGAUACUUCCCUUGCAACCACUGCUUUUACUUCUCCAAUUAAAAAGGUUCCCACGCUCCCGAAGUCAGCCCCAGUGCUCAGCAUGGCGGCCCUGCCUGUGUCAGCAGGGCAAGUCAUUGAUAUCCACCUCAAACUUACUUUACCUAAUGGAACCAAACUGAACAAGGAAGCCCCCAGCUUCUGGAGUCUCUCCACUGAAGGUAAUGGAUGGUUACUGCAAGGACAAGCUGUGACAGGAAGCAUUACCAAUCUCUCCCAGCCUCUCUCCAUCACCUGUAUGGUCCCUCCUCAACCGCAGACCCUUGACCCCAAACUGACCCUCAGUGCCUGGCUCUACUAUUGCCUCUCAGAGGGAGAAGCCUGUAUGAUGAAGGCUGUGUCAUUCGUGCAGCCUCUUUGCGUUGACUCCACUUGCAAAGAAGGCACUGUAGCUGUGACAUUAGCCCAUGAGUUCUAAAACAUACACUCGCUUCUUGCAUAUUAAGUGUUCGCUGGCACUAUUUAUGUACAGAACAAAUACUGUUACACUUGCAAACGCUUACAUAAAAGCUUACAUGUUUACACAACGUAUACUGUAAUGAAUUGACAAUGUGGGCGCUUGUCCACUUAAAGCUUAUGACAAGAAUAACAUAGUUGCAUAUGUUGGAUAAUUAGCAGCUCCAAAACAAAGUGCCUUUUUUUUCCCCCCCUCUGAAGGGCAUAUUACCUAACUGCAUCGGUCCUGCUUGGCUCGAGGCUCUGUAUAGCCAAGCUCUCGGAUCUGUUUUUCUCAACAUAUCUGAUGUAGCUUAUCUUUUCAGCAGACUUCUACCAGCAUUCAUUUUCAUGUCUAAAAAACACAAUUUGGAAAGGAUUGCAAGUCUGCUUGAAGCAAUAGUGUCAUUUGGCAAGUUUAUUUAUAAAAUGUGAUGUUUAAUGUUGUAACAACAUAAGCCAGUACAUGCUGAACAUUGUUUUUUUGUUUGUUGGAUUUUUUUAAUAGCAGAGUGCACUUAAAUUUUGAAUUUGGAUCUCUCAAAGUUAUUAGUCGUCUUUGUAAUUAGGAGCCUUUAAAAACUAAAUACUAAGCUGCAUUUCAGGGUUUUAUUUCAUCUUGUAAUUAAUUAUUAAAGACAUAAGUGCAUUUGAUAAAGACAACACUGUAUAAAACAUGACGACAAAAAUAUACAUGCUUUUUAAUUUGUGCUGUUUAGCAGUAAGUUUCACAUCUCUGUUGAUAAAUCCUGUAUCAUGCUUAUACAUCCGUAAAUGACAAUAUUAAGUCAAGCUUUUUAUUCUAUUAGCAGUGAUAAACACAAGAGCCAGAGUGUGUCUAACUGGAUCUUUGCAUAGCUCAAAUUUAGAUUAUGCUCUAAGUCUCCUCCAAAGCCAGCUGUUUUUCUACAGAGCAUCUAAAUACUGCACUUUAACCCACUGAAAAAAGAAAUAUAAUAAACAUUAUUUUACCAUUUUGAAA